AGUAACGGUUUCCUAUUGGCUGGCAGCCCGAACUCACAGACCAGCUAAUUGGACGCAGUCAGAACCCAGCAGUCUUUCUUUGUAUUCCUCUGCGGGAUUGGUGUGCCCAGGGGUUUGACUUUCCAAUUGGCUAACGCCGGUGUGGGAGGGGAAUGUGGGGAGUUUUGAAUUUGAAGCCGGUAGGCAGUGAUAAUCCGCAUUCAGUUGCCGAGGAGUGCCAGUGACCUUCAGUUUCUGGAGCUGGCCGUCAACAUGUCCUUUCCUAAGGCGCCCCUGAAAAGAUUCAAUGACCCUUCUGGUUGCGCACCAUCUCCUGGUGCUUAUGAUGUUAAAACUUCAGAAGUAUUGAAAGGACCAGUAUCGUUUCAGAAAUCACAAAGAUUUAAACAACAGAAAGAAUCUAAACAAAAUCUUAAUGUUGACAAAGAUACUACUUUGCCUGCUUCAGCUAGAAAAGUUAAGUCUUCGGAAUCAAAGAAGGAAUCUCAAAAGAAUGAUAAAGAUUUGAAGAAAUUAGAGAAAGAGAUUCGUGUUCUUCUACAGGAACGUGGUGCCCAGGACAGGCGGAUCCAGGAUCUGGAAACUGAGUUGGAAAAGAUGGAAGCAAGGCUGAACGCUGCACUCAGGGAAAAAACGUCUCUCUCUGCAAAUAAUGCUACACUGGAGAAACAACUUAUUGAAUUGACCAGGACUAAUGAACUACUAAAAUCUAAGUUUUCUGAAAAUGGUAACCAGAAGAAUUUGAGAAUUCUAAGCUUGGAGUUGAUGAAACUUAGAAACAAAAGAGAAACAAAGAUGAGGGGUAUGAUGGCUAAGCAAGAAGGCAUGGAGAUGAAGCUGCAGGUCACCCAAAGAAGUCUCGAAGAGUCUCAGGGGAAAAUAGCCCAACUGGAGGGAAAACUUGUUUCAAUAGAGAAAGAAAAGAUUGAUGAAAAAUCUGAAACAGAAAAACUCUUAGAAUACAUCGAAGAAAUUAGUUGUGCUUCAGAUCAAGUGGAAAAAUACAAGCUAGAUGUUGCCCAGUUAGAAGAAAAUUUGAAAGAGAAGAAUGAUGAAAUGUUAAGCCUUAAGCAGUCUCUUGAGGAGAAUAUUGUUAUAUUAUCUAAACAAGUAGACAGUCUAAAUGAAAAAUGUCAGCUGCUUGAAAAAGAAAAAGAAGACCAUAUCAACAGGAAUAGAGAACACAAUGAAAAUCUAAAUGCUGAGAUGCAAAACUUAAAACAGAAGCUUAUUCUUGAACAACAGGAAUGUGAAAAGCUUCAACAAAAACAACUGCAAGUUGAUUCACUUCUGCAGCAAGAGAAAGAAUUAUCUGCUAGUCUUCAUCAGAAGCUCUGUUCUUUUCAAGAGGAAGUGGUUAAAGAGAAGAAUCUCUUUGAGGAAGAAUUAAAGCAAGCACUGGAUGAGCUUGACAAAUUACAGCAAAAGGAGGAACAAGCUGAAAGGCUGGUCAAGCAAUUGGAAGAGGAAGCAAAAUCUAGAGCUGAAGAAUUAAAACUCCUAGAAGGAAAGCUGAAAGGGAAGGAGGCUGAACUGGAGAAAAGUAGUGCUGCUCAUAACCAGGCCACCCUGCUUUUGCAGGAAAAGUAUAACAGUACAGUGCAAAGCCUUGAAGAUGUUACUGCUCAAUUUGAAAGCUAUAAAGCAUUAACAGCCAGUGAGAUAGAAGAUCUUAAGCUGGAGAACUCAUCAUUACAGGAAACAGUGGCCAAGGCUGGAAAAAGUGCAGAGGAUGUUCAGCAUCAGAUACUGGCAACUGAGAGCUCAAAUCAAGAAUAUGCACGGGAAAAAUUAAUGAAAAUGGCUAUAAAAUGUUUAGUGAACUCUUCUCUCUCAAACCAAAGGAUGCUUCUAGAUCUGCAGACCAAGUCAGCAUUAAAAGAAACAGAAAUUAAAGAAAUCACAGUUUCUUUUCUUCAAAAAAUAACUGAUUUGCAGAACCAACUCAAGCAACAAGAGGAAGACUUUAGAAAACAGCUAGAAGAUGAAGAAGGAAGAAAAGCUGGAAAAGAAAAUACAACAGCAGAAUUAACUGAAGAAAUUAACAAGUGGCGUCUCCUCUAUGAAGAACUAUAUAAUAAAACAAAACCUUUUCAGCUACAACUAGAUGCUUUUGAGGCAGAAAAACAGGCAUUGUUGAAUGAACAUGGUGCAGCUCAGGAACAGCUAAAUAAAAUAAGAGAUUCAUAUGCUAAAUUACUGGGUCAUCAGAAUUUGAAACAAAAAAUCAAGCAUGUUGUGAAGUUGAAAGAUGAAAAUAGCCAACUCAAAUCGGAAGUAUCAAAACUCCGCUGUCAGCUUGCUAAAAAAAAACAAAGUGAGACAAAACUUCAAGAGGAAUUGAAUAAAGUCCUAGGUAUCAAACACUUUGAUCCUUCAAAGGCUUUUCAUCAUGAAAGUAAAGAAAAUUUUGCCCUGAAAACCCCAUUAAAAGAAGGCAGUACAAACUGUUACUGAGCUCCUAUGGAGUGACAAGAAUCAUGGAAGUAAACAUCUGAAAAACGUGUUGAAGAUUAUUUCAUUCGUAUUGUUGUUAUUGAUGUUGUUAUUAUGUUUGACAUGGUAUUUUAUAAUGUUGUAUUUAAUUUUAACUGCCAAUCCUUAAAUAUGUGAAAGGAACAUUUUUUACCAAA